AUGUUCGCUGCUAGAAGAAGCCCCAGGUGGCUUAUUGCCGCUGUUGUGAUUUCCCUCGUCACAACCUUCUAUCUUCUCAACAAUGACAGCCCACGAUACUGGCUCACGCCAGCUUCUUUCUCGGCUCCAGACAGCACACAAUGGAAGGUCUCGGAUGACUACUUCUGGAAACAAGUCCCGACCCAUUAUCCCGCCACCUCGAUACGGCCACUUCCCACAGGGAAGGCCGCACCGUACCCCCAAGUUCAAGCGAAAAAGUUCCCAACCGAGACGAUAGAACAACGCAAAAAGCGUGAAUUCCAUCGGGACACGGUCAAGCAGGUCUUCAAAAAGUGUUGGCAGUCUUACAGGGAGAAGGCCUGGCUCUCUGACGAACUCACGCCUGUCAGCGGCCAGUCGCGCAACACUUUUGGCGGUUGGGGCGCAACACUGGUCGACUCGCUUGACACACUGUGGAUCAUGGGCUUGAAGGCCGAGUUCGCGGAGGCAGUCGACGCUGCAGUCACAAUCGACUUCACCAAGAGCCAGCAUGAAGAAAUUAACGUCUUCGAGACCACUAUUCGUUACCUGGGUGGAUUCCUGGCAGCCUAUGACCAGAGUGGCGAUCCGCGAUUGUUAAGGAAAGCAAAUGAGGUCGGCGAGAUGCUGAUGAAAGCCUUCGACACGCCUAACAGGAUGCCAAUUACCAGGUGGCACAUCAACUCCGCUGCAGCAGGCGAGAGACAAGAAGCACCCGAUGGUGUACUUGUGGCUGAGAUUGGCAGCUUGACGAUGGAAUUCACAAGGCUGUCGAUUUUGACAGGAGAUCCAAAGUGGUUCGACGCAGUGCAGCGCAUCACCGACAUAUUCCACAAACAGCAGAUGACGACUUCGCUAGCCGGUAUGUGGCCAUUGGUCGUGAAUGCCAAGGAGGAGGUAUUCAACCAGGGGUCUCAUUUCACAUUGGGAGCCAUGGCCGACUCUGUAUUUGAGUAUCUGCCAAAGAUGUCGGCUUUGCUGGGAGGGAAACUCCCAGAGUACCAGGAAAUGUACGAGAAAGCAAUGGAUGUAGCGAGCGAUUGGCUUUUAUUCCGCCCAAUGACGCCCACAAAUGAGGACAUCCUCAUUUCUGGUCACAUCGAAACUCACCAGGAGGGAGGUACCAGUUAUGUUACCCCUCAGCGAGAGGGUCAACAUCUUGUUUGUUUUGUCGGUGGCCUUUAUGCCCUUGGGGGAAAGCUUUACGAUAGGCAAGACCAUCUUGACAUCGCCAGGAAACUUACCGAAGGAUGUAUUUGGACAUAUAAAGCGUCACCACAUGGGGUCAUGCCCGAGACACUGUACAUGGCAUCAUGCGGAUCCAAGGACGAUUGUGAAUGGAAUGGGGCUGAAUGGAAGAAGCAAGUGCUUUCUGCGGCUGGCGAACAGCCCACUGGCGACUUCGACUCUGACAUCGGUCGUGCCAAUACAAUCAUCGCCGAAAAAAGACUGCCAGAAGGAUUCACAAAAAUUCCGGACGGCCGUUAUAUCCUGCGGCCCGAGGCGAUCGAAAGUGUGUUCAUUUUGUAUCGCGCGACGGGUCGCGCAGAUCUGCUAGACACGGCUUGGGAGAUGUUCACGGCUAUUGACAGGGUGACAUCGACGCAAUUUGGGAACUCGGCGGUUGCGGAUGUCAUGACUCCGGAGAAACCGUCAGCGACGAACUCAAUGGAGAGCUUCUGGUUGGGAGAAACCUUGAAAUAUUUCUACUUGAUCUUCAGUGAUCCGGCUUUGGUCAGCCUCGAUGAUUUUGUCUUCAACACCGAGGCACACCCAUUCAGGCGGUUGAAGAGAUGA